AUGACUCUGCUCGUCGCUCUGAUACGAGACGCUGACUACAGCGCUGCGCCUCCUCCCCUGAAUUACACUGUCUAUACUCCAACCCGACUACGAUCGACGGUCCUCUUCUUCGCCCUCCUCUUUGUCGAUUCUGGCCCGCACCGUCGCAAUGGCCCUACCCUUCGUCAUGCUCACCUUCUGCAUCCCACUCCUCUUCACUGGGCUAUUCGACGGCCGCAUCCGCGUCCCCUUCCGCAUGUCGUCCAUCCCCGCGAACAAGCCGCUCUCUACACCAUCGUCAAAGACGUCAUCGCCGUCGACGGUGGCGGCGGGCUUCUCUACCGGCACGUCUGGGCGCACCGCUACCAGGCCUCGGUCGUCAUGCGCCGGCUGCUGCGGAACACCGCGCUCGCGUGGGGCGCCACCGGCACUGCGCUCGCCGGCGGGCUCGUCGCCAUCGCGUGGCUCGCCCCGCGCGACACCGCGUACGGCCUCGGCUUCGGCGUCCCCUGGCUCUGGGCCGUCGUCGGCACCGCGGCGACGGUCGGCUACGCGCGCUACAUGCUCCGGCUCGAGAAGGACAACUGGGGCCACCGUGGCGACCAGGCGCCCUACCGCUACAAGCGGCUGCCCAUCCAAUGGAGGCGCGACGAGACGAGUCGCGCGAUCGAGAAGCGUGAGGUACGGGAGAAGGGCGAGCGGCACGCCUCAGACCCCGACGAGACGACAGACGCGGUGCAGCUUCGCUCUCAAAAGGAGCCGGCCGUUCGUCCUACAGAAAGAGCUGGAUAA